AUUGGCCCAGGCGAAUUUUGAUGGCGCGAGUCUCAUGACCUUCGUCGGCAGUCGGACUAAGUCGGACUGAGUUCUUGCAAUCCAUCGCAAAAUUUGGCGUGUGUAGUUUCUGAUUUUUAUUGUCAGCAUUGACGACAACAAGUUUCUAUAAAAAAUGCCGCCUGCAACAGAAUCCGUGCCUAAGGAAAACAUCACCGUUCCUCCUAGAGGCGUAAAUGCCGUCUUAUUAGGACCACCCGGUAGUGGUAAAGGAACUCAGGCAGUAGCGUUUAAAGAACGUUACUGCGUAUGCCACCUGUCAACGGGUGACAUGCUACGAGCCGAAAUAGCUGCUGGUUCUCCUUUGGGAACCCAACUAAAGUCGAUCAUGGACCAGGGAAAACUGGUCAGCGACGAGCUUGUUGUCAAUAUGAUUGACAGCAAUUUAGACAAACCUGAAUGUAAGCGAGGAUUUUUGUUAGAUGGAUUUCCACGGAGUGUAACACAGGCAGAAAAACUCGACAACAUGUUGGAAAAGAGAAAAACACAGCUUGAUGCUGUGAUAGAGUUUGGAAUUGAUGAUUCUUUGCUAGUGCGAAGAAUCACCGGUCGUCUUAUACAUCCUGCUAGUGGACGAUCUUAUCACGAUGAAUUUUCUCCACCAAAGGUUCCCAUGAAAGAUGAUGUCACGGGAGAGCCUUUGAUCAGGAGAUCCGACGACAAUGUAGAGGCAUUGAAGAAACGGCUGGUUACUUACCACACACAGACUGCACCAUUGGUUGAUUAUUAUGCGAUCCGUGGUGUUCAUCACUACAUCAAUGCGGCCAAGUCCAGCAAAGAUGUGUUCAAAGACAUUGAUUCAAUAUUCCAGAGAACUACAGCAACAAAAGAGGAGAAAAAAGGAUUCUUCAGUAACUUUUUUUAAUCAUUGAGCUCACAUUAGGAUAAAUGGCGGUAUCUGAAGCCACUAAUAUCGCGUCACGAACAUGAAAGCAAUAGAAUAAUAUAGAAUCAAAUUCAACUCAUGCACCUUGGUAAAGGCUACUAUAUUGUUUACAUGCAUUUGCUAUUAUUACAUCGAAUACCUAAAUUUAUAGAGAAUCUAUCAGGGAUGAAGUUGAUCAAUGGUUAGUCAAAUGAUGCUAAGUCUUUGGGCGAAGAGCCAAGAAGUUGAUGUGGAAAUACUGAUACCAAUCAGGAACUAGAGUACCUACAUAUCCUGACUAAAGUCAAACGAAAGUUUACAGGUAUAAAAAUGGUUUGCAAGCAGGUGGCUUAUGUGGUUUAUUGAAACUACGAAGCAACUUCCAUAUAGUUUUAAACAAGGCUGCUAUACGUUGAUUUAUCUUCUACAUACAUUGAACGGCCUCAAAGGUGUUUGGUAGUUUAUUUUUACUGUUACUUUUUUGAACCCAGAAGAAAAGAACGGCUAUAGUUCAAGUUCUAGUUCACUUCCACUAAAAACUCUUCAGGAAUUCCUUCGAUAAUCAGAUGAUUAUUGUCUGACUGCCUUCAGAUAUUCUAACAAUUUGAAUUAUUGUUGUUUGGCAUAUUGAAUUUGCGCACAUUUAUAUCCUGGUUACUUAUGAACUGACAAUAUAUUAUUUUCACAAUAACAAAUUUGAUGAUGACUAAAUUUGAUCACUGCACGUAAGCAUAAGCUUAUUAGAACGAUAGUACAGCAUAUAAUUUUUAUGUUAAUUCGAUUUAUUGAAUACAUAAAUCUCUUUGGAUCAUGAUUAUGUAUUGAAAAUUGUUAUACUGCAGUCGUCUUACAGAGUGGUAAGUUGGAUGUAUUACGAAUUCUAUAAUAUAUAGGUAUAAAGAAAUAUAAGUAUAAGGCCUUCGUGCCAGUGAAAUUGAAA